AUGAUCUCUUACCUGUAUAGUCUCUUUGCUCGUGCCAUGUCUCCAUUGAUCCACAACGGUCUUCCCUCCCCGGUAUCCCAAGAGGGUUCGGAAGAGAUUAAGACAGGGCUUGCUGUCAAGAAGGAGCUCUUGAACGAGAUAGCGAAUUCCAUUUCGACCAAUGCUCAGGUCUUGAGCACCUUCUUGCACUCUGAAGGUCAUCCUAUUCCGUCUUUCGAGCGCGAUGCUGCCCCUAAGACUUUGCCAGCCUCAGCCCCAGGCGAAAUCCAGGCGGCACGCGAGGCGCUGUUGGACGCAUCGAUGAAGAUGUUCCAGUUAGCAUCCGGCCCUAGCGAGUACCUGCCCAACCUGGCAGUGCAUUACCAACAUCUGUCAUGUCUGCACUGGCUGGUUCAUUUCGGCAUCCUUUCACGGGUCCCCCUCGUCGGAUCUAUUUCCUAUGCCUCGCUAGCGGCGGAUGCAGGUGUCCCAGAGCGGACACUGAAGGCAGUGGCGCGCAUGGCAAUGACAAGUCAUAUCUUGCACGAGCCUCAACCGGGAAGCAUCGCGCACUCGGCGACAUCGGCACAGUUCGUGACCAACCAGAGUAUGAACGACUGGGCCGAGUUCAUGUGUGAGGCGUCAGUACCAGCCGCGUUGCAUCUUGUGGCCGCCACGAAAAGAUGGCCCAAUAGCCAGGCACGCACGGAGACGGCCUAUAACGUUGCCUUUGACACGGAACUGCCUUUUUUCGAUCACUUGGCGACGUUGCCCGAUCGGACCCGGCAAUUUGCGGGUUAUAUGAAAAACGUGACCAGCAGCGAGGGCACCAAACUGGACCAUUUGCUAACUGGGUUCGACUGGGCGGGACUCGGACCGGCGAAGAUUGUGGAUGUCGGAGGUUCAUCAGGCAACGCAGGCACAGCGCUCGCAAAAGCCUUCCCGGGACUUGAUGUGACCGUUCAGGAUCUCCUUGAGAAUGUUAACGAAGGGGCCGCCACGCUGCGUCCCGAUCUGGCGUCGCGCGUCCACUUCCAGGCCCAUGAUUUCUUCCAGCCGCAACCGGUCAUUGGGGCCGACAUCUACCUGCUGCGCAUGAUUCUGCACGACUGGGCCACCCCAGAUGCUGUGCGCAUCCUGAAGCAGCUGAUCGUCGCGCUGCGUCCCGGGUCGCGUAUCCUUAUCAUGGACUCUGUCUUGCCGCGUCCAGGGUCCGUGGCCUCGACAAAGGAGCGACUCCUCCGCGUUCGCGACAUGACCAUGCUGCAAGUUUUCAAUAGCUGUGAAAGGGAUCUAGAUGAUUGGACGCAUAUGUUGAGUCUUGCGGAUGAGCGGUUGCGGCUGGUGGACGUAGCCCAGCCUAGGGGGAGUGUCAUGUCGAUCCUUACUGUUGGUCUUGACUGA